AUGUAUGGAGAUCUUGCACACAAAUUGGCACUGGAGGCCAAAAGGACUCAGUCGCUGGAUAAAUUGCCACUCUACCAGGAUACUCUGGUGAGAGCCAUAGUAAGGGAGAUACGGGACCUGCAGAAAGAGGCCGACGUGCUGACAGAACAGGCAAGCCAGGACGACGAUCGCGUCAAUCAAGCACAGCUGUUUGUCUGCCAUCUGUGCAUGCGGCGCAACAAACGGUGUCUUCUGGCCUACCAGCGCUUGCGAGCAGAGCGUCUGGAUGAAUUGGUGUGGGCCAAUAACGAGAUUUCAAAGGAGCAGAUGGACAACCUCUCGCCGCAGGAGCAGGAGUACCUGAAAAAAUAUAACGACCUGGUGAGCGAGUUUAAAGGGCCAUUGGAGAAAAUUGACCUUGGAGGGACACUGGAGCCGCCGGAAGACGUGUUCAUCGAUGUGAGAGUGUUAAAAGACGCCGGUGAGAUCCAGACUGAGUACGGAGUUUUCAACCUGACUAAGGACUCGCAAUUUUUCGUUCGCCAGGCAGACGUCGAGAGACUCAUCCAGCAGGGGUAUCUCAAAAAACUCUAGGACUGCUCUAUUCUCUUACACCAGUUAUAGAAGCUUUCGAAAAGCUGGUAGUUAUGACCGCUCUUCCAGAUGAGCUUGAUUGGGUUUCCGAGCAGCACCUCUACCUGAGCCCGAUCUUGCAGGAACCGUUUUUGACGGCGGUAAGCUCGCGACCACACAUCGCCCGGCAGCUCUAAAACGACUGAGCCCGAGUUUCUGGUCUUGUCCACAUUUUCCAGCCCAUCGAUCCGCUCAAGCAGCUUCUCGGGAGUGCACUGGAGCUCGCGACGCGUUUUCUGAUGCACGAUACUGUUGAACAGGUCUGCAUCAGGCCGCUCCGGCUGAAAAGACCAAAACAGAAUCCAUCGUCGUGUUCCUGCCAGUGCCUGGCUGCUGCGGAACUCAUGCACGCCAAAAUUGUCGAUUUUGCGCGCGCGCAGAAGCGAGAUCAGGGGCUUGAGAGAGUCAUAUUUUCCAAUAAGACUGGAAAACCAGCGUAUAGAAGAAGCUUUCACGGUCUCACUCUCCAAAAUCAUCCGAUGCACAAACGCCACCUCCCCGCCCUCGACCACGAGCUCGUUAGCUGCGGCAGUGGGGAACCGGGGGCCGGACUUGAUUUCUGCUCUUCUUUCCAUCUCGUCAAAAGAAGAAUAAAAAGGCGGGUUACAAACGACAAACCCGUUUCGAGAGCCCAGUAACUCAACAAAACGGCUGAACAGCGGCUCCUGGGGUCUGGUUAGCACCAACUGGAUUUUUUCCUGCAAGUGAUUUUGCUCCACAAUAUCCCGAGCCAGCUCCAACGACUCUUGGUCGAUAUCUGUGCCUACAAACUGCAGAUCGAACAGUUUGGCUCCCAGCAGCGCAUAUAUCGCCAGAUGGCCGGUCCCAACGUCGAGCCCCACAUGUUUUGUCCAGGAACCCAGUAAUCUGCGCAUGAAUUCGAGGUAGUCGAGACGAUUGAAUAUUCGCGGACAUAAUCUGUCGCUAUGUAUGUGUACCUUGAGACCCCAUUCUUUUAACAAGACCUCGGUGAUCGCAAUCACCGCGUCAUUGUUGCGGAAAUCGUACUUUCCCCCCUUGAAAUAGGGGGCCAAUUGCGGGUAUUUCACCAGCAGAGUGUCAAAAUCCAAUUUCCUCGAAAUAAUAUUAUUUUCCAUAUUUUUUCACUUUUGUUCUCAUGUCCUUUCUAGACGAGAUCAUCCUCCAAGACGUUGCCAAGUACUGUCCAGAACAGUUUGUCAACUACCACCAAUGUAUCCAGUCACCAAAUAAGAAGCCUAUCGACUGCGUUCCAAUGCAACUGGCGCUGCAACAGUGCGUCAAGAAUGACGUGCCGUCAUUUCAAAAAAUCCAGCACAAUUGUUCGUCCGCGAUAUCCCAAUACGAAGAGUGUCUACGCGGAGGAGACUCGGCCAAGUGUUUGGACCAAUUGGACUCUCUAAGACAGUGUGCCGUUAAGCAAGUGCAAGGUACG